AUGCUGUUGAGGCUCUCUAUUGUGCUGGCCCUUGCAUCCUUGAGCCCACCAACUGAUGCCGGACGGACGGGGCGGACCGACUUUGAAAGCCGUUGCUUGUCCUUUGAGCCGGAGACGCUGGUUGUGAACUCCAAGCUGAUGCGCCUCGCCUAUGUCGCCAAAGGGACGGCUCUGGAACUUGCAGACAAUGACGCAUCAUGCAACAGGGAUUCGCAGCUUGUUGCCGCCAACAUAUGCAGGAUAGCCCUGUACAUUGAAACAUCGAAGCGGUCGGAUAUCACCUUUGAGCUCUGGUUGCCCGAGGCGUGGACCGAAGCGAGAUACAUAUCCACUGGCAACGGUGGUGUUGAUGGAUGCGUCAAGUACGAGGAUCUGGCGUAUACGACUGCCAAUGGCUUUGCGGCCAUGGGGACGAACAAUGGCCAUAAUGGCACUACGGGCGUGCCAUUCCUGAAUAACCCUGAUGUUGUCGAGGAUUUCUCAUACAGGGCCCUUCACACUGGUACCACAGCGGGCAAGUUGUUGACGAGCAGAUUCUACAAGAAACCGCCUGCUCACUCGUAUUACAUUGGAUGCUCUUUGGGUGGUCGCAUGGGCGUCAAAGCCGCCGAGGCCUUCCCAGGUGACUACGACGGAAUAGUCGCCGGGUGUCCUGCCGUUGACUUUCUUCACCUCCAAGGCGAGAGGGCCAUGUUCUAUACCAUCACCGGUCCCGCCGGCGCGCCCAACUUUGUUCGCCCAGAGCUGUGGACCGGCCUCAUCCACGAUGAGGUUCUCAGGCAGUGCGACCUUAUCGACGGAGUGCAGGAUGGAAUCAUUGAAGUACCAGACAAGUGCCACUUCAACCCCGAGGCCCUGCAGUGUCCGACGAGGGCCAAGUGCCUCAACUCCCAGCAAGUGCUGCAGCUGAAGACAAUCUACGCCACGUACAAGUACCCGGACGGCAGCCUCAUAUUUCCUCGCAUGAAUCCAGGCAACGAACAGCAAGCUGUAAAUAGACUACUUGCCGGGAGACCCUUCAGCUAUUCUCAGGACUGGUUCCGAUACGUUGUCCUCAACGACUCGACCUGGGAUCCCAUCAACUACAAUUCCUCCCUUGCGGCCCUAGCUGACGCCCAGAACCCCUUCAACAUCCGAACCUUCCCCAACAGCCUCCCUGCGUUCAAAGCAAGAGGCGGCAAGAUGAUUAGCUACCACGGCGGUCAGGACAAUCAGAUCACAAUGUUCAACACGGAGCGUUUCUGGGACCACAUGGCCGAGGAGGAUCGCGACUUGCACGACUAUUACCGCUUUUUCCGCAUCUCCGGCAUGUUCCACUGCAACGCCGGGCCGGGGGCGUGGGCGUUCGGACAAGGCGGUGGCGCUCCGGCAGCAGGGAUCCCGUUCGAGCCCGAGACGAAUGUGCUUGCCGCCAUCGUUGCGUGGGUAGAGGAGGGGAAAGCCCCCGAGACCUUGACGGGGACCAAGUUUGUCAACGACACGGUGGCGCUGGGCGUCGAUUUUCGGCGUAAUCAUUGCUUAUAUCCAAGGACGCAGACUUAUGUGGGUGGAAACCAUAGACAGGCUUCAAGUUGGAAGUGCGUGUAA